AUGAAUUUUGGUGCUGGACCAUCUUCUAAAAUUUGGGGCUCCUCAUCUUCUUCUUCCGAUGGUGAAACCCUUGAUUUCUACUUUCAAGAUUGGGAGCAGGAACUAGAAGAGAUGAAGGAGGAGGAGGAAAUCUUAAAACAAUUGCAUGCUCGUCUUCAAGCGAACGAGCGGCCAAAACGAAGAGGAUCGAUUCCUGGCCAUGUGAUGAUCAAUCGCGGAAGAGAAGAAGGUAACUCUAGACUUUGGAAUGAUUACUUUUCUGAGACUCCCACAUAUGGAGAAUCUAUUUUUCGUAGAAGAUUCAGAUGUCGUAGGAAUCUAUUCAUUCGCAUUGUCAAUAGAGUAGCAGAUCAUGACAACUUCUUCAUGCAGAAGAGAGAUGCAACCGGUAAAUUAGGUUUAUCUACCUUGCAAAAAGUAACAGCUGCACACCGUAUGCUAGCAUAUGGAACAUCGGCAGAUGCAACCGAUGAAUAUAUUAGGAUUGGUGAGUCAACAACAAUAGAAUGUCUGAAGAGAUUUUGUCGAGCUGUUAUAGAGGUUUUUGGAGAAGAAUACCUAAGGCACCCUACUACGAGCGACAUUACACGUUUGCUAAAGAAAGGUGAAGAGAGAGGGUUCCCAGGAAUGUUAGGUAGUUUAGAUUGUAUGCACUGGAAAUGGAAAAACUGUCCAACUGCUUGGGCAGGACAAUACUCAGGACGUCAAGGAAAGCCAACAAUUAUUUUAGAAGCAGUAGCGUCAUAUGAUUUAUGGAUAUGGCAUGCUUAUUUUGGAUUGCCAGGAUCCAACAAUGAUAUUAAUGUGUUACAAUCAUCAAAUUUAUUUGAUAAACUUGCACAGGGUACUGCUCCUCCGGCUAAUUACACUAUAUUAGGAAAAGAUUAUGAUACCGGUUACUAUUUGGCCGAUGGAAUAUAUCCUAAAUGGUCCACUCUUGUGCAAACUAUAUCCCAACCCCAAGGACCAAAGAAGCAGUACUUUGCAGCCAUGCAAGAAGGAUAUCGAAAGGAUGUGGAGCGGGCAUUUGGAGUACUUCAAAUACGCUUUGCCAUCAUCAAAGGAUCAGCAUGGUUUUGGGAUAAACGGGUGCUACAUGACAUCAUGACUGCUUGUGUAAUACUACACAAUAUGAUUGUGGAGGAUGAACGUGAAGAAGAACUAGAUAAUGUUGAUUCAACUCAACCUUCAAAUGCUGACGAGAUGGAUGACAAUGACGAUGAAAGAUUAAGACGAUUCCUCGCUCGACAUAGGAAAAUCCAAGAUCGGGAGGCUCACUUUGAACUUCGGAAUGCACUCAUUGAACAUUUAUGGCAAAGACAUGGUAAUGGAAUGAUGUAA